GGGUCCAAGGAACUGUGCUGACUGUGAAAGACCUCGUCAAAAGAAGAAAAUAAAUAAAUCGUAUAAAUUCAAACCCAAGAGAAUCUGAAUUUUUAAGAGAAGCAAUCAUCAAGCCAUCGUUUCCUCUAUUCCCUGGUUAAUUGCUGUGAACAAAGAUAUCCGGAAAGGCAUCGGAUUCUCCAACGUGACAGCGUCUUAAAAACAAUCUUUUUAUUGCAUUUUUUUGUUGUGCUGAAGUCAUGGCUAUGGUUCUAGACGCUGUUGCCGGCAAGGUGCUUGAUGAAUUGCUGAAUGUCAUAGUGGAAAAGAAAGAGCGGGCAGUGAAGUUCAGACCCACGCUGGAACGGUUGGAGGGCACGCUGAAAUCAAUAGAACCAUUGGCGAAGCAGAUAGAUGGUCUGAACAAGCGAUUGGAUCGUCCACCUGAGGAAACGGAGAAGCUGAUAGAACAGAUGAAGAAGGGGACGAAGCUUGUGAAGGCGUGCUCCAAAGUGCAGUGGUGGAAUUGCUGCAACAAGGCCAAUUACCAAGAGGAGCUUGAGGAGUUGGAAGCGUGCAUUGAUAGGUUCUUUAAGUAUGACAUGCAGGGUCAGACAAACAGGAACGUGUUGGAGGCCCUGGUGGUGAUUAAGGAUGUUCAUGCGGAUAUUAGAAAUUUUGCUCCAAGGAGGAGUGAGUUGAGUGGCGUGUGUUUGCCUCCUGAGCCUCCUGCUUUCACUGUUGGCUUGGAUGUUCAUUUGAGGGAGUUGAAGCUCAAGCUGCUGCAUGCCCAUCAUGUGGCCUCGGUGCUCACGGUCACCGGAACCGGGGGAUCCGGGAAGUCUACGUUGGCCAAGAAAUUUUGUUGGGACCAGGAUGUCAAAGGUAAAUUCAAGGAAAACAUAUUCUUCAUCACCUUUGCCAAGUCGCCCAAGUUGAAUACCAUAGUGCAGAGACUGUUUCAACACACUGGUUACCAAACGCCAGAGUUCCAAAGUGACGAUGACAUGAUUUACCAAUUGGAACAUUUGCUGAAAAAGAUUGUUGAGAAAAGCCCAAUACUGUUGGUCCUCGAUGAUGUUUGGCCCAAGUCAGUGUCUCUUGUUGACAAAUUUGUGUUCCAGAUACCAAAUUACACCAUUUUAGUUACAUCUAGAUUCGCAAUUGGAGAAUUUGGCCCACCAUAUGUCUUGAAACCCCUUGAUGAAACCAAUGCUAUAAAAUUACUUCGUCACUCAGCAUCUCUGGAUGAGAGCAGAUCUGACAUUCCAGAUGAUGUUGUCAAAAAGAUUGUGAGAGGGUGCAGUGGUUCUCCCUUGGCACUUAGAGUAAAUGGCAGAUCACUAAGUCAUAAACAAGCGUUGUUUUGGCACAACAGGGCUCAGGCAUUGUCCACGGGUCAUUCAAUAAUUGUUUCUAGUGACGAUGUGCUUACUUGUCUCCAAAAGAGCUUCGAAGACUUGGAUCCUAAGGUGGCUGAGUGUUUUAGGGACCUAAGCUUAUUUCCUGAAGCCCAGAGGAUCCCUGCUGCUGCCCUUGUUGAUAUAUGGGCAGAACUGCGUGAAGAAGAUGAUGGCAGUGCAAUGGAGAAGAUCUAUGAACUUGUCAACCGGAACAUGGCUGAUAUUGUUGUCACAAGGAAUACUGCGAGUGACACAAUUGACUAUAAUUACCACUAUGUUACACAGCAUGGUCUUCUUCGGGACCUGGCUAUUCUCCAAACAAGCCAGGAGCCAACGGAAAAGAGGAAUAGACUAAUUAUUGACCUAAGUGGUAACAAUCUUCCCGAAUGGUGGACUUCACAGAAUGAGUAUCACAUUGCAGCCAGCACACUUUCCAUAUCAACAGAUGAAGCAUUCACUUCAGAGUGGUGCAACUUGCAGCCAACUGAGGUUGAGGUUCUCGUGCUAAACCUUCGAGAAAAGAAGCACACACUACCAAUGUUCAUGAAGAAAAUGAAUAAACUAAAAGUCCUGAUAAUAACGAAUUAUGACUUCUAUCGUGCUGAAUUGGAGAAUUUCGAGCUGCUUGAUUAUCUAUCUGAUCUCAAACGAAUCAGGUUAGAGAAGGUUUCAAUUCCUUUCCUUAGCAAGACUGGAGUGCAAUUGAAGAAUCUUCAGAAAUUUUCUUUCUUUAUGUGCAAUAUGAAUGAAGCAUUCAAAAAUAGCACCAUCAAAAUUUCCGAUGUACUGCCAAAUUUGGAGGAGAUGAACAUUGACUACUGUGAUAUGCUGCAAUUGCCAAAUGGGCUCUCUGAUAUUGUUUCCUUAAAGAGGCUCAGCAUCACAAACUGCCACAAGCUUUCUGCACUUCCUGAGGGAAUCGGGAAGUUGGUGAAUUUGGAAUCACUAAGGCUUACUUCAUGUACUAGUUUAGAAGAGUUGCCAGACUCAAUCACAGGCCUUCAAAAACUGAAAUUUCUUGACAUCUCUGACUGCGUAAGCCUUGUUAAGUUACCCGAGAACAUGGGGGAGUUGAGUAGUUUAGAAAGGCUCAAUUACAUAGGUUGCACGAGAUUGAAUGAAUUGCCAUACUCAGUCACUGAGCUUGGGGGCUUAAGGGUUGUGGUAUGUGAUGAAAUGACGACUGCAUUAUGGGAACCUUUCAGAACCAUGCGUGGUGAUAUAAAGCUAGAUGUGACUCAAGUUGAUUUCAACUUAAAUUGGCUUCUAUAAUUUCACUUGGUAUAGGCCACACAGUCAAGAGGGUAAAAACUAACUACAACUAGUUUCCGCAUUGUAGUUUGGUGGGGUUGUAUAUUUUGAGAGCCAAAAUUUUGUUCUUCGAAAUUUUUACGAGCUUGUGUUCUAGUUUUCUGUAAAUUUUUGGAGUGAUUAUACUUUUUGUAGAAUUAAUGUUUUCUCUACGUUUUUUUUUUCUUAAUAGUGGAAUGUGUUCUUUAUUCUUCUUCUUUCUA